GGGGGGACAAAGCAUUUCCUUUUUCCCCAUUUUGCAUCAAAUGUGGAGCAAAAAGCCAGACUGUCGUACACACUGAGUGAAGAUUAAAGUGAACCGAGGAGGAUGCUACAGAAACUCACCGCGGUGGACUCUGGACGUUCAUUUUGGAUUGAGCAGCCAAAGUUUGACGUAAUUUCUUCCCAGGAUAAUCAAGAAUAGGCUAGAGUGUCAUCGUGGAAGUAUUUCCUAAGGAAAAAUAGAGAUAUCCUCAACUUGGACUUGGAGGUAAUCUGAGAAAGUCAGGCAAACGUUUACAGCAAGUUGUGUGCAGUAGCUGACGGGUUUUCAGAUGUCUCUGCUGAUGCCGACAGCGGAUGUCCAAUGAAACCCAUUCACACCCCAAAGAAAAAAAAGUAGCAUUUUUCUUUAUUCCUUGCAACUCUGUGUGUUUUUGGGAUAUAUACAUGAUAACUUCAUUCGUCGUUCCCCGCUGGGAUUUUUCAACCAACACAACCAUUAGAAUAACGUGAUUUUGAAACUGUAUUCUGGGAAUAACGACUCUUCGACGUUUCUGGAUAUGGACGGACACCAAGGAGACAAAUUAAAAGAGCCAAUCUAAUAAAUACGAUUAAGACUUUAUCAUAAACAUGUUUUUUGGGUGAAAUCGUCGGAAACUCGUAAGGGAAGCCCCAAUGAGUGGCACACAGUCAACACUCACUGACAGGACCCCAAGCAUUCUCAACAAGGACCCCACUGACAAGAAACCCAAGAAUGAGAAAUCCUCCGUCUCCCUCAAACAUGAGUUUGACCCAACAGGUCUUGUCCAGCGGUGUGUGAUAAUCCAGAGAGAUGAAAAUGGCUUUGGGCUGACUGUAAGUGGAGACAACCCUGUGUUUGUGCAGCUGGUUAAAGAAGAUGGAGCUGCAAUGCGAGCUGGUGUUCAGACAGGAGACCGGAUCAUUAAGGUUAAUGGGACCUUAGUUACACAUUCAAACCACAUAGAAGUUGUAAAGCUGAUAAAAUCGGGUUCCUAUGUAGCCCUGACAGUGUUAGGGAGGCCUCCAGGGCUUCCUAACAUCCCCCUGGAGGAGGACGAGAAGGAAAAGAAGGAGGAAGGGGCAGAGGUCAACCCACCCUCUUCUCUCUCAGCGCCCCACUCACCUGCACUGCCAGGUGGGGAGCACGUCACCUCCUCUCUGCCUGAUGGGGAUGAGAACAAAGCCAUGCACAGCCAAAAGGCCGACAUCUUGCAGAAGAUGCUAACCAAGGAGCAACAGGACCUACAGGUAAAAGAGGAGUACAGCAGAAACCCUCGGCCUAAACUACUGAAGGAGGUCCAGGAAGCCAAGAAGCACAUUUCACUGCUGCAGGAGCGGCUCAGCAAAGCAGCAGCAGCAGCAUUACAGGAUGGAGUCACAGGGUCCAGGAAUAGUGAGGCUAAGGAGGGGGACUGUGGGCCUCCCCUGAGGGAACAGACCCAGUCCUUACCGGGUUCCAGCCCUAAUGACAGGCCCUCGAUCAACAAUAACUCUACGCACAGCAGCCCCCUAACAGAGGGUCCUAGCAAAAAAGAGACGCCCUGUCAGAGCCCGGACAUCAGCCGACGAGGUGGCCUCAACUUCUGCAAAUCGGCUGACCCUGAGGACACCCCUGACACAGACUCCAGUGCUCAGUGCAUUGUGGGUAGCUCUCCCUACCUCCUCAACCCCCAGAUCAUCGGAGCAGAAGAUGACUACUUUGAUUCUCAGCAAGAACAGAUUAAUGGACUGUGUAGCUGUUUCCAGAGUAUAGACUCGCUGAAGUCUCGGCCGGCUCACCUCGCAGUCUUCCUCCAUCAUGUUGUCUCGCAGUUUGACCCGGCACCUUUGCUCUGCUAUCUCUACGCGGACAUGCACAAGCAGACCAGCUCCAAAGAAAGCCGACGCUUCUUCAUUGAGUUCCACGCACUCUUUAUGGAUCGAACAGCAAAUCUUAAAGUACCAGUGCCAGAGGCAAUUGCAGCUGAAGUGGAGAAGCGAAGGCUGGAGUUGAUCCCUGAGGAGCUCUGCAAACAGUACACCCAGGGGUUACAGGACACACUCCUACCAGACCUGCACAAGAACCUGGAGGACUUCAGACAGAAGCGCAGCAUGGGUCUGACUCUGGCUGAAGACGAGCUGUCCAAGCUGGACUCAGAGGGAGGAAAAGACCAACAGGCGUUGGAGAAGGAAUGCUCCUGUGCGGAACACAUCCUCUCAAAGAUAGAUGAUAUCCUGUUGACGUCACAGCCCACAGAAGAGGAGAAGUGCCAAACAAUGCAGUAUGUGAUUCUUACCUAUAUGAAGCACCUUGGGGUGAAAGUGAAGGAACCUCGAGGCCUCGAACAUAAACGAGCACGCAUCAAUUUCCUUCCCAAGAUGAAGAAGAGUAUGAAGCCUGAGAAGGAGGGUGAUGAGAAGGUAAAAAAGCCUCGGUUUCCCAACAUCCUUGGCCCUCCUCGGCGUCUGAGCAGAGUGGACUCUACUUCAGUUGGUAAGGCCGUGGAGCUGAACAAGCAGCGGUCACCAAAGCUACUGUCUCAGCCAGCCCUCGGCAUCCCUGAGCAGUCUGAUUCAAAUUCUGGACGGAUCCGUGGAACUCAGCUCAGUGAGGGAUCGGAUGCCAGCACACAAUCUUUGUCCUCCAGCACCACCUCCCCUACACACAGCUCGCCCACCGGUCAGGCCUCAGAUACUAGUGGACACGACUCAGACUCCAAUGUGUCUCCAUUCUGCGUCCCGCCAAGACCGGGCGAGGGUCUGCAGCAUGGCGACCACCACGAUGGCGUCUCAAGUCCAACCAGUACUCAGUUUGACUUCAGCCCCUCAAACCUGGAGCAGUUACAGGAGGAAGACCAGGAAACUUUCAGUAGGAUGGAGGUGCAGUGUCCAGUGAGUUCAGCCGACAUCCAGAGUGAAGACGACCAGGGAGGUGAGAUGGAGUGUGAAGAAAACCCUCUGAACUGGCAGAGUCUGGUCAGUCGAGGCGUCCUGGCGAGCCUAACCCAGCAGGAGAUCAAACGGCAGGAAGUCAUCAACGAGCUGUUCUACACUGAACGUGCACACUUGCGGAUGCUGAAAGUGUUGGACUGUGUUUUCCAGCAGAGGUUGAACAGAGACAGUAUCCUCCCCCCAGAGGACAUCAAACACAUCUUUAUUAACCUGGAGGAAAUCAUCCAGCUGCAUGUUUCUGUAACAGAGCAGAUGACAGCAAUCAGGAAGAGGAGUGAGACGUCAGUGAUCGGGCAGAUUGCAGAUGAUCUCCUUGCGUGGUUCAGUGGGGAAGAAGAGGAGAAAAUCAAACGAGCAGUGGGAACUUUCUGUAGCAACCAGCCGUCUGCACUGGAGCUCAUCAAGAGCAGGCAGAAGAAAGACCAGCGUUUCACUUUAUUCAUGCAGGAAGCUGAGAGCAACCGUCUGUGUCGCAGGCUGCAGCUCAAAGACAUCAUUCCUGUAGAAAUGCAGAGAGUCACCAAGUACCCACUCCUACUGGACAAUAUUGCCAAGUACACAGGAGAUGGGGAAGAGAGGGUAAAGGUAAAGAAAGCUGCCGAAUGUUGCAAAAAGAUCCUCAACCACGUCAACCAGGCUGUCAAAGAGGCUGAGAACAAACAGAGGCUUGAGGAGUAUCAGAGAAGGUUAGACCUCUCAUCACUCAAACAGAAUGAAAACCCCAUGAUCCUGGAGCUGAGGAAUCUGGACCUGACCAAGAGAAAGAUGGUGCAUGAAGGACCUCUCUCCUGGAAAGUUAAUAAAGACAAGACAAUUGAGCUGUACACAAUCCUCCUCGAAGACAUCCUGGUUUUACUGCAGAAACAGGACGAGCGUCUGGUCCUCAAAUUCCACGGCAAGAAUCCGGCCAGCGUUGCUGACACCAAACUCAUAUUCAGCCCCAUCAUCAAGCUCAACACUGUCUUGGUUCGUCCAGUGGCAACUGACAACAAGUCUUUCUUCGUCCUAUCCAUGUCUGAAAACGGGGCUCAGAUCUACGAGCUGAUGGCUCAGACGGUGUCCGACCAGAGAACGUGGCAGUGUCUUAUCACACAAUGUGCCGACACCAUGAAGGCCAAACCUCACAGCAGAGACAACGCACAUCCGACUCACUCUGAUUCGGAGCGGGAAGCUAUUGAGAUCAUCAAACACGGGAUGCCCGAGGCGAGCAAAGAUCCUAACGACACAUCAAGUGGAAGCAUCCAUUCUUCAGAUAAAGAUGGCGCCUCUUCUCCAGACAUUCAAGCUCCACCGAGUAUGAACCCGUUUGAUGGCAUGAAAUCAGAAGACGAGGAAGAGGAGAUGGUUGUGGCAAACAGACAGGAGGGAGUGGAGGAUGAUGAAGAGGUGGAUGAAGCAGAACUUGAGGCUUUCCUGGACGGGCAACUGGCAGAUGGACUGCCCUUCCUGGAGGAUGGGUCACAUCAGGGCAUCACCGUUAAUAACCAAGAGCAGAACACGUCCAGCCUAUCGUGCUCCAAAGGCGAAGAUGCCCUCAGGACAUUGGAGAUGCUGAAGCAGGCUCUUUUCAACCACAUGAUAAGCAGAGAGGCAGAGGAUGAGAAAGAGGAGACAGGGGAGAGCAGGCAGAGUGGGGCCCUUGGGGGUCAGCUGAGUGCCUCUUUGCCUGGGAGCCCGGAGGGCCCCUCUGAGAGCCAAGCAACUGCAAGCUCGCAGAAAGAAAACCCUCAGCUCCCUUCAGGACACACAGAGCUGUCUGAGACGACUGAACGCAACGGGGGUUUUGUGAUUCUUGAUUUUGGUGGGGGCUCCGAGGAGAGCAGCACUGAUGAUGAUGGGGGAGUGGGGGGUGACGUGGGGAUCGACAUGAGGAAACUGCUGUCCUCCUCCUCGCAGGCCGGGGGCGGCUGCGGACCCAACCUCAGCAGGCAGCUUAUGACCCACCUGCGACUUCUUCAGGCCGACCUGCAGUAUCUGAAGGAGGUGGAGAUGAAGUACAACGAGCUGCGACAAACGCACAGUGACACAGCUACUGACUCCGAUGACAACAAUGAUGGGAUUCAGGGAUGAAAGACUUCCUUCUCUCUCGGUCGUACGAUUUUCAUGCCACUCCUUGAUUACUUUUUUCCGGAAUAAUCUUUGACUAUUUAACACUGGUGUCUUCAAAAAUAAUGGAGGCUUAAUGACUGAUCUCCCACUACAGGCAUGUAUCAGUGGAAGACAUUAUCCACAUUAUUAGGAAUGUUCCACUACAAACCCCAAAUCCUUCUGAGAAGAGACUCUGUGGAAUUACCUGAGGACAGUUUAGUUGCUUUUUUUGCUAUAAUAAUAAUAAUAAUAAUAAUAAUCAACAAUAAAUGAUCUCAAACACUGGAGAUAUAAAAUGUACAAAGGGUCAGCAUUGAGUGUGUGAUGUCACACACAUGUACAGCAGAGAUUUAAAAAUUAUGAGACAUUAAGGAACAAAAAGACACAAUGAAGACCAGAAUAAUUCUCUGAGGACCAAGAAGGUAGAUUGUCUUGUUCAGGACUCACUACUGUAAGCUUGAUAUAACAUCCGGCAAUAAGAAACAAGAGACAACCACUAAGGUACAUUUUCAGUCCAGCACACCACAACAGUGGAACAUGCUUAAAGAUGGACUUCCUUAGUUUGUAACAUGGCUGAGAAACUGGUAAAAUUAACAUCCUGAAGCUAACUUUUUGUACAGCACCAUUACAUGAAAAGUUAAGUCAAUGACGCAAAAUUCUUGUCGUGUUGACGCUGUUUUGCAAAAGCCCACAAGCGUUGAGAUUCUCCUGCAUAGCAUAGCCCUGAUCCAUCCAAACUCCAUUUAGAAAACAAGCAUUUUAUGCCAUUUAUUUUUACACAUCUGCAUCACAAGAUAGUUAUUUCGGCAUCCUUUUGAUCCAUUUAUUCCAAUAAAUUCAUAGCAAAAUCUAUACCUCAAGUAGCUCUGGAAACGGCAGUUCCUGGAAAAGGCAGUGAAAUUCACCAAGCUGUCUGCGCCGCUGGAUGAUGUUAUGAACCCAGAAACGAUGGGGUUUGGUUUUCUGAUGUAUCUGGGACUUCCACAAUGGGCACAAAUCUGCGAUAUUAUUUAUUUCAGCCACAGUUGAUGACCAAUGGAAACGUUGAUGCAAGUGAUGCAAAUAAACACAAAUGAUCCCUAUGUAGUCCAACGGUUGCCAAAAAUGUGCUUUUGCGGUAGGUGUGAACAGAGCAUAAAACUGAAAUUGAUGUGAAACAGCUAGCCUGACUCAUUUACUAAUUAACAUGUUGAAUAUUGUUUGUUUCAUCGAUACACCAACAGAAAUGUAAAAAAUGACAAAUUAAGGUUUUAAGGGGAUUCACUUUGAAUAUUUUUGAUGAAUCCUCAAAUGGCAACCCAUGCUCUACUUCCAAGCUAAAACUCCCACUAAAAAAAUGCUUUUACAUUUACGUUUCUGUAAGUAUUACUGUAAAUUCGAGAGCUUUAAAGAUGUUUGUAGGUGUAUUUUGUUUAACUUUGAACAAAGGCUAACCGUUACCCGCUACUUCCAGUACUUGUGCUAAACUGGGCUAAAUAACCAUGCCCUGAAUCCAGCUUUGUACUCAACGCAUAGACACGAUUGUGAUAUCAAUCUUUCCAUCUUGGUCUCGGAAAAAAGGAAAAAUAAUUAAGUAUUCCUGUUAAGUAUUCCUUCAACUAUUUGAAUUAUACCAUUUUAAAAUGGUUAUAAGAGGCUUCUGCAUGUAAAAUCUAAUUUCUUGUCCAGGGUGAUAAACUGAACAUCAUUUAUUUGGGGGCUGGCUGCAAAUUUCAACUGAAACAUUUGAAACAUUUGGAAAGCCUUUCACAUUUCUAAUACUGUUUGUUUACUGGUUGACUUUUGGUUUGAAUGAAUAGUAUACACCUGAAAUGUUGUGCAGUGACUGACUUUUAAAUCCCAGAUUUGAAAUGUCUUAUAGCACUUGAAUGUAGCUUAAUAUAGCAAACAGGAUGAACAGACAGAUGGAGGUAGAAACAGAACCUCUAACCUUUGUGUUUUAAAGAAACUAUGUUGUUCAAAUGAGGUUUAGCACCAUGCAGUAAGGGAUCAGAUUUGGUAAAUACUUCUUUAUGUCCUAUUUGUUUUAUCAGGGGUGCCUACUAAUGAUUGCACAUAGAAAUACAAUGUAAUCUUUAAAUCCUAAACUGGUAGAAAUGUAGCUUUUAAAGAAUUGUUCCUGUAGCACAAUAUAAUAGAUAGUACAAGGUUUCAGAGUGUGUGCACAUGUAAAUUUAUUGAAUUGAACUUUACUGUAGGAUUCAUUUUGUAUUCCAGAUCUUUUUUGCUGUGCGUCACCAAACACUUUGAACUACUUCAAUCUUUUCCCCCUGUAGUAUUCUGGGGAGUUUUGUUCUCCAGGAUCAUUUCUGCAACAGGCUACUCAUAAAAGCCUGUUAUCCCCUUUGAGGCACAACGAUUUAUUCAUCACACGUCUGCAUUUAUUUUUAAUGAUUGGACUGAAAAGACUAAAAUAUUCUCUGGUCACAAGACUGCACGGAUGACAUUAUGGCUAUGAUCUUUAGUCUAAUAUACAAAAAAAAUUAAAAA